UGCGGGAAGCGCUGCGAGCCCGACUACUACCUGGACCGGGACGGCCGCUGCAAGGCCUGUGUGAGCUGCUCCGGAGAGGAUCUUGUGGAGAAGAUGCCGUGCUCGGGGAACUCCUCCCGUGUCUGUGAGUGCCGGACCGGCAUGUUCUGUGCCACAUCAGCCACCAACACCUGUGCCCGCUGCAUCUCCCACUCCAUCUGUGCGACAGGGAUGGUUGUCAGGUUCCAGGGCACGGCAGAGAGGGACACUGUCUGUGAGCCGCCUGCCCCAGCGACCAGCCCUGACUGCAGCACCAGCCCCGAAGCCUGCCAGGCCCCCACCAGGAGCCGGCCAUGGAGCCGGGGGGUGGUGAGUGGGUGCGGAGGUGGGCUGGUGGCCCGGCCUGGAGCUUCUCUGCUUCCUUCCCCAGGGCUGACCGCGCAGCAGCUGUGCCCACAGGGGUCCUCUGACUGCGGGAAGCAGUGUGAGCCCGACUACUACCUGGACCGGGACGGCCGCUGCAAGGCCUGUGUGAGCUGCUCUGGAGAUGACCUGGUGGAGAAGACUCCUUGCACCUGGAACUCCUCUCGCGUCUGUGAAUGUCGGCCUGGCAUGUUCUGUGCCACCUCAGCCACCAACUCCUGUGCCCGCUGUAUCCCCCACCCCAUCUGCCCACCAGGGAUGGUCACCAAACCCCAGGGUACGGCUGAGAGGGCUGCCCCCCGUGAGCUGCCUCCCCCUGAGGCCCACCCUGCGUGCAGCAUCAACCCAGACGACAGCACGGCGCCCACCAGCACCACUGCCUCUCUGGUCCCCACGGCAGACCCCCAGCCCAGUAAGGAGCGUGGGGGGCCCAUCACCCAUGCCUGGGGAGACCCCUCCAUAUCAACUAGCACUCCUGUCUCGUUCUCCUCCACCGGGAAGCCCGUUCUGGUUUCAGGGCCCGUGCUCUUCUGGACGGUCGUAAUCCUGGUGGUGGUCUUGGGCUCCGUCUCCUUCGUCCUGUGCCACCGGAGGGCCUGCAGGAAGUGGAUUCAGCAGAAGCUGCACCUGUGCUAUCCUGUCCAGACCUUCCGGCCCAAGCCGGAGCCUGCGGAUUCCAGGCCCAGGAAGAACCUGAUGCAGCUGGAGAAGAGUAUAUCGGUGGUCGAGUCAGGCCUGGAAGAGGUGGGCUUAAUGAGCUCCCCGGCUGUGGACCCCGGCCCCGACGGGGCGGCCUGCCUGGAGAGCAUGCGACUGCUGGAAGAAGCCAGCCCGGCCGGCGGUCCCCCGUCCCCCAGGGACCUUCCCGAGCCCCGGCUGACCUCGGAGCACACCAACAACAGGAUCGAGAAGAUCUACAUCAUGAAGGCUGACACCGUGAUUGUGGGGACCGUCAGGACCGAGGGGCCUGAGGGCCGCGGCCUGGUGGGGCCGGCAGGGCCUGAGUUCGAGGAGGAUCUGGAAGUGGACCAUGCCCCCCACUUCCCGGAGCAGGAGACAGAACCACCUCUGGGCAGCUGUGGGGACGUCAUGUUCUCGGUAGAAGAGGAAGGAAAGGAGGCCCCCUUGCCCAUGACCGUCUCUGAGAAAUGAAGCCUGGCCUGGGUUGGGGCUGAGAGGACAGAGGAGUGCCCCCUGGGAGGCCAGGGUGGCAUCCAUGGCACCAGGCGGGGGACAGAGGCCCAUGUGGCCCCAACUGAGGUUCCAACAUCCAGGGGUAGAGCCGCCCGGAGCCAGGGGGUCCUGGGGUCUCUAGUCAUGUCCCCAGCCUGGACCCUGGGGGAGCCUGGGCUUUUGCAGGAGGGACCAUCUGGGGCUGUGGCUGCGGCCAGCCCGCGGGCACUGGCACCUGGUCUCCUGCCAUGGCUGGGAAGAUGCCCCCGGAGCCCUGUGUGCCAGACACACCACCAGGGCCAGGGCAGGGCCUGAGAGGCACGGGCCUCAGCGCCUGCCACUCUCACCUGGGCCACGGGAUCGAUGCCCCCUGAUCCUGCUGCCCUGCUGCUGGCCCCCAGUCACUGGAGGCCUGGAAUGUGGGCGUGAACCGGCGCCAUCGGUGGCUUCUCCUGAGUCCACAAGGAAGUUGGGGCUGAGGCAUCAUUGGCUGCCCCGUGUUGGCCACAGCUGCAGCGCUGCGCUGGGUGCCCCGGGUCGGGGUGAGGCCCAGGCCGGCCCCCAGCGCUCCCCCAUUCUGUGGCCCCCAGCUCACCGUGGGGCCCAGGGUCGACUGGCUUGACUCAUGGUGUCCCCACCAGCCCCCUGGGGAGGCGUCUUGGGACCCGGAUGCAUGCAGACCCUCAGCAGCUGCAGGACCUGCCCCCGCAGUGGGGGAGCCCCGGCCUUUCCUGGGGCCCUGCCGGCUCCGUGGCACCCCCUCUGCGUCCCCAGAUUUGCCAUGUGCACAGCCCGGGGCCCAGCCCUGCCACCGGGGCAACGCGGCGUCGCCUUGCCCUUCGGCCUUAGUCUGGAUUCUCAGAAGAGCAAGUGCUCCCGUGUGGACCUGAGGCCUCCUCGCAUUUCACACCAAGGAGGAAAGUGGUGCGACGUGGGGCUGCCGGUGGGGCUGCCGGUCCGCGUAGGGACGGCGCGGAUGGGGGAUGGCGCGGACACGGCCCGGGAGCAGCCUGAGCCACCGGACAUGGGCCCCGGCUGUGAGGGGCGGGAUGAAGCGCCCCCCCCUCCAAAGUCCCCUCGUGGAACUUCCGAUCCUCUGAAGCUUGAUCCUCGGAAAACUUGGAAGGCCCCUUAAGGACCCGAUGGUUUCAGGACACUCUGAGGUUGAGACUGAACAUGUGGGCACGAAGGCUCCGGGCCAGCCUCCCCCUGGGGCGGGCUCCCUGGUCCCCCACCGACCGGGGCGGCAGCGUCUGAACUCCAUGCGCCCAGUCGGGGUGAGCCCCCCCCAGCCCUGUGAGGGCCAAGUGCCACCCUCUGUGCCCCCGGCC